GGCUAUAAGGUCACCGUCGCACAAGGCCGCCAUCGAGGACGCCCUUUUUGGGCUCCUGCCUUGCCGCCUUUGGCCUGAAGCACCCCCUCUCAAGUGUGUGGUACACCACCUCAUAGCACACGAGCACCAGCGCGCUUGACGGCACCACCCGCAGCAGGUGGGUGAACAUGCCCGCAUACAGCCCACGCACGCCCUCCUCACGGGCGAUCAACCGAAACGACUGGAAAAAUCCACUGCAGAGCAACAGCAUCAUACAUAAUACACGGCGUGUGUUGGCAGGGGGGCAGGGAGGCAGGCCCCUGAGGGAGGCAGGGAGCAGGUUGGCUUACGUGUACUUGGCAGGAGUGCCUAUGGUUUGCUCUCUGAGCCUGGUUCUGAUGACCUCAUGGGGGUAGGUGGCUGUCGAGGCGACCGCCUUCGCAACGAAUCCCGCCACCAGAGUCUGCACUCAUGAGCGUUCAUCAGCAUAUAUCAGCUUGAAAAUGCAUCCAGAAUCUCGUACGUUCUGUCUGUCUCUUACCGGCCCUACUGAUGCCCUUUGUUGUGAAGACCUUUCGACCGACCCAGGCGUCCUCUCGGCCUCCCUGCAUGCAAUGCAGAUAGGGUCAGAUCACAAUGUGUCUGUCUGUUAUGGUUUGAUACGGCUCACCUACCGUUGCGACAGCUGCUUCUUCAACGGCUCGAAGAUCAUCCAGUGUACGCACCCCUCUGAGAUGCCCCAGUAACUCGCCACCACUCCCCUGGAAAACCCUCGCACGCCCUCCUGCAUCCAUAUCGACCGUACCGCAUCCAACACGCCCUAGGUACGCCCACAAACAGCAGAUAAAGGAAUCAAUCGCAGCAGAUAUCUGUUUGUUGAGAGGGAGGGAGGGCCGGCCGAGCGUGCGUCUUAACCCACCUUGGCGGCCGUUUCUGAUGCAGCGGCAUCGAGGAAGAGGCGCGUCCGCACCAUGCUGAUGGGAUUGAUGACCGUGUAGGCCACGAACCCCGCCACCAGAGCCGAGGUAAAGUGUGUCAGCGCACCAUCACCUAUCUGCGUUCAUUCAUUCACCGCACGCACACCCGCCCUCCACUCACAGACACACGGGAUGCCAUGCCGCCAUCUGUCUGUCGCCUUACCUACCAUUGGGUUCAAGGCAUUCUUUGCAGUGGAGUAGGCCCAGAAGUAAGUGGAACGAGACGGAAUCACUCCUAUGAGUGAAGGGGUCAGCCCCGCAAAGAAGCCUGUGACGCCACUCGCCUUGUGGACAGCGGCCACAGUGGCGAGAAACCCCUGACCACCGCUGGCCUGCAUCUGGGUCUUGACAACCUCAAGAGGGUUCGUCACCGUCGCCACUAUCACACCUGCACACCGACGGUAGCAUUCAACAGUGUGUGAGUGUACGUACAGCAAUGCAAUUGAUUGACAGCACGGCCACCUGCGAUAGCGCCCGAGAUGAAGCUCAAUAAGCCGGUGCCGCCGUUGCCAUGGCCACUCCUGUUGUUUGAGCUGACCUUCUCGGCUGCUGCUGACGUGCGGUGCCGCUGACGACGUUUCAGCAAUGCAUUCCGUCGGCGGCUGACAGCAGCAGGGAAGGGGCGUGCCGGGAUGGCUUGCAGCUGCUCAGCUGUGGCCGAUCUCCAUGGGCUCGGUCUGCUGAUAGAUUUGGCCAAGAAAAGAUCAAGCCCAUGGAGAAAGAUCACCCAGACUGGGGACAAGAUCUGCAUCUGAGUGCCAAGUUCAG